AUGACAGCCGAUGUAGUCAGUCAUCCGCCAGUUAGUGCAUCCGAUUCUGGACGUUUCACAUCAAUUCGUACCGUACUCGGUGAAUGGAAACAGCUAUUUGAUGGAUGUAAUUUUAUCAAAAGGAAAGAGCGCAGUCGAUCACGGCGACGAGAUGUCAAGGAUGCGAAAACGAAACGUGUUGCAAGUGCAUCAGUAGCACAACGGUCAUCGACGAGGAAAUCACAGUCGACCGAGUUGUGCGUGUGUGAUUCUAUAGAAGACCAUGUAAUCGAGAAAUUCACCGCGCUCCCUCCUGGCAUAGAUCCUCGGGAAUGGCUGGCAACACAUAGUGAGUAA